UCUGUAAAAUUGGACAAUGCCAAUGCAGACCUCGCUGAAUGUACUGCUGAAACUAAAGAAUGCCACACCAAAAGCGAGAAGUCCAUGGUGUACAUUGCUAUCACUGACAAAACUAAAUGGGCAAGCGUGGAGUUUUCUGUUGGUGGCGUGGCUAAGGCGACCCUCACAAUUGCUGAGUUGGAGGCAGGGAAACCAGCAAGCCCAGUGACCGAACCCCCCAAAGGAACUAAAGGGACCGAUAACAAACUCGAAAUAUCCAGUGUUGUUGUUCCAUGCAUACCAGAGGCCGUAACGCUUAUAAAGAAGGCUUUGAACGUUAACGAUACGCCAUUAAACAAGAAUCCGGCAUGUUCAUCCACCAAAGAUAACUGCUAUACAAUUACAAAUGAGUACUACCCCGUCUACGUGAAGGCAGAAAUGAAAGAGGCAGCGCGGAUUCUUACGAUGAAGGAUUACACCAACAUACUAAAAGCCACCUUUAAGCCCCUUACUGGUAACUCCAACUCUGCCGUGUCAUGGAUGUCCCACUCCUUUGCACUCAUGCUCACCAACGCGGCGAUGAUGCUGCUCCUGCACUAG